UGUACAAUGUCAGAAUUUUUCUGUCUUUUGUGCUAUAAUAAGUUGUCAUAUUUUUUAUAUAAUAUUUUUCGCCUUAUUUACUAUAGUACACAUGGUUGAUUCUGAUGAUUUUUUAUAAUCUUCUAUGAUAUCAAACGAUUCGCAAAAGGUACGAAUAUACAUAACUACGUUUGAAAAAGAAAUGGAUACCAGAAAACCUAAAGAUAUUGCAAACAAAUUCAUAUGUUCAAUAUGUUUGAACACAAACCCGGGGGACAAAGGAAAACAAGUGCAAAACGGAAAAAGAAAGUCAAAAUCCUAUCACGUGUGUCACAAUGCCAAAAAUUACGACCAUAAUACAUGUUGUAUUGAAAAGAAAGCUGGAGAUUUUGAAGCAGGUAAUGUUGCUGAAAUUGCCGCUAAAGACGUGCAAACAUCUGAUCCUAAUAUAGCACAAGGACUGAACCUCUUAAACGAAGUCCUAACUGUUUUUCAAAAGAAUAAAGAAACUAACUUUAAUAUGAGCAAAACCUCAGUCUUAAAAGACGCUGGUACAUCAACUGAGACGAACAAACAAAUAAAACCGAAACUUGCUAUCAGCAGAACUGUGAACUAUUGUAUUGGCGAGUUUGAAAAGAUGAACAGGUCUGACAACUUUGUUAUAAUCGAUUAUCACCAACCUGAUGUUAUAAAAAUAAAUAACAAUUCAUUCGAUUUGAUUAGGCAUAAAUCAUCUUCUAUACCUCAAAUGAAAUUAGAUGAACUGAAGAAUUCGAUUAAAGUGAAAACAAGAUCGAAAGAUACGAUUGAAGAAGUAAAUCGAAUGUUCGCCACGGUUAGAAAAAGAGAACAAUGUAAUUUGGAUGACGAGGACGAUUCUAACAGACCCAUUACUAGAAUCGGUCCUAGAGUGUUACCAGUAGUUAAAACGGAGGUUUCUAAAAUCGAUAAUGAUAAAGAAAAGAUUGAAAAUAGCUGCAAAUGUUGCCAGACUUUUAAUCUGUCGAGUGGGGACUCUGCUAGCGGUUGCUGCGGUAAGAUCGAAGAGACAUACGAACACACAGUGUGUUGCCGUUACAAAAAACAUCGGAACAAAAGAAAAAGCACAGUCGUUUGCGAGUGCUGCAAAUGUAUCAGAAAUCAUUGUGAUGUCAAAAAUAAAUAGAUUUGUUGAGAAAUUAUUUUUUAUUCUCUGUCGUGUUCCC